CACGACGGCUCGCCCACCUACGGCGGCUACUCUGAUACAAUCGUCGUCCACGAGCGCUAUGUGUUUCGCAUCCCCGACCGACUCCCACUCCACUCCGCCGCUCCGCUACUCUGCGCGGGCAUCACCGUCUAUAGCCCAAUGCGCUACUUCGGCCUCGACCGCCCCGGCCUACAUGUCGGUGUCGUCGGCCUCGGCGGCCUCGGCCAUGUCGCCGUCAAGUUUGCCAAGGCUAUGGGGAUGACUGCCACUGUCAUCAGCACCUCGCCGCACAAACAAAAGGAGGCGAUUGAACUCCUGGGAGCUGAUCGGUUUCUUGUUAGCACAAAUGAUCAACAACUGAAG